AUGUCUCAAGACACUCCCCUGGCCGAGAGCCGUACUGAUAACAGCAACUUUGGGCUGAAUUUUACAGACAUCCAGCACGCUUUUGAAUCUCAGCAUCAGAUGACAUUGGACGCCGAAGACGCACAAUGGAGUGCUGACAGCGGCCUUGAAGAUUUCAACUUUUCUCAACUACGAGCACUAGGAAACAAAGUGAUUGGUUUAGAUAAUGUCUUCGGUUGUGCAAACAAAAACGACCAGCUCCAACAUAGCGUCAUCCGACAAGACGAACCAACACUUGAGCAGUUGAUAGCGCAGGAUAUCCCAAGCACGCCGCCUCCUCCCUAUCAGCCAUUCCAACAUACUGCUAAUGCCCAGCAAGACUUAUCCCAUGCGCACACCCAAGACGAUUAUAGAUAUGUACCGCCCAAUCCGCCGGCACCGGAACUGGCUACUAAGCUUGCUUCAGCGCGAGGUACUACCCAUGGGCUAGCAUUCCAGAAUCUUGCAGAAGCGAAGAAGGCCAUGCUUUUCCGUCAUCUCGACAAGGAGUGGUUCGCACCAAUUAGCGACGACACUAUUCCGACCAAUGAUGAAGAACGAGCCGCAUACGUUGUUGAGCUGUUGGAAGCGAUGAAAGACACUUCAACAUGCUCAGACCGGCGCGAAACACCCGCUUUCGUGAACCGCUGGACUCGAGAUGCUGUUAACGCGCCUCAUCCAGAGCACAUGGAGAAGGUCUGUUGGCAGCUCGUUGAUGUUUCCGAACAUCUACAUAUCAAUGGCCCGGUGUCGCUUCCCAUCUAUGACAAGCAGGCGCUGGCGACGGCCCGGAAGUCACGCUUCCUUACUUUCGCGCAGCGUAUGGACCAGCUCUGCGCACUGUUGCGUUUGUCUAAGAGCCGAUGCUUCUCGCUGCUCAAGGGCGAAAAUCUCGAAACUACUGUUGCUGCGCCGGCCCAGCGAUACUCAGGUACCAUCGUGAACUGUGCACAGAAUGAUAAGCGUCAAGAGUUCAUCGAAGAAGGACGAUCGGUUUGGAAGAAAAGGAACGACGCAGCCUCCGGGAAGACACAGUCAGCAUCGGUAGAUGCUGAAGAGUAUUUUAGCUCAGAGGAUUUGAGGGGCCUUGGCAUCUCAGUAGGACGGGUUCACACUGGAGGUGCUCGCCAGGAUAUACCGACCCGUAGCCAUGCGUUCUUACCUGCGUCUAGUACCACUACCUUGAAAGGCGUUGCAAACCAUACUCAACUUGGUUCUAUCGAUGGUGGAACAGUUCCCUUCAAUAGCUUCCAGGUGAUAAACACUCUGGGCAGCUCCCAUCGAGGCAGCAUCGACAUUGGACAGUAUGAGAGCAACCAGCAUGUCGACGGAAGUCCGUACUACGCCAGCCACACAACAGAUUCACAUCUUGUAGGCGUUACGCAUCUUCUCUCUUGCGAUGUUCCACAAGCCGCCCAAACACUGAAGCGCACCGCCAGGGAUGCACAGCUCGAUGCAGAUGCAGACUUCCUUGCUCAGCGCCCAUGCUUUGACGGCUCAGUUCAUCGCUCAAAUCAAUCGUAG